AUGGGAUUCCGGAAAUUAACAGUCUGGGACACCUCGUUUGUUCCGGCAGUUCAUGGGGGAGAUGCUCAUUUGAUAAGAAGAAAAUCACUGCAGAAAAGUCGUUUCGCAGUUGCCAAAUUGAGGUACUUCAGUUAUUAACUCAUUUGCAAUUAUAAACCCCAUAGGAGCAGAAAAGAGCAUUACUUAGCGAAAGUAGAUAGAAAGUGACUUCGUAACUUCAACUGAUUCCAUCGAACAUCAUCAACAUUAAACCUAGUUCGUUACUCGCUCGAAAGUGGAGUGCAGAGAUGGGGAUCCAGCUAGUUGCUCUUAGAUUCUUGCUACAAGCUGGCCCUGUUUAUCGUGAAUCGGAAAACUCGGUCGUGGUCGAUGUCGUUCCUUCGUCUCCUUGUCGUGUGCGCGUGUCUGUUUCAACUAUCGAAGUGGGCCUUUUUCUUUGGUGUUCAGUAGCUCAAAGCCUGCUCCUCUCGUCGCCGAUGCGUGUCCGGGCGCAUUCCUCAGUUGCUACUUAGUUCUCCCUCCUUGUUUAUUGUGCGCUGUUCGUCUGCAUUUUCAGCCUCAGGCUCAGACCUUGCUUUAUCUUCUACGACUAACUUUAAUUCUGGAACUAGUGUUGAUUCUGGUGCGAGUAACCUGCUGAACGUGAUCUAUGCUUCGACGUCCACUACGCUGCCGCCCUACUUAUUUCUCCUGCUCUCGCUCUGCCAGAAUCGUAGUCGUUUUCAUGGCCUUAUCGUCAUCCAUCGUUCUCCGAGUCAGGCUCGUCUAUGUUCUCUGGUUUCGACAUACUGCAGAUUUUUCGCUCUUGUUUCUAAUCUCGUUAGUUCUCGUCGCUCGGCACAUCGUGCUCGUGGUGUUCUGUCGUUAUCGCCGAUUAUUCCGUUGGACUAGAGUCGAGGCUAGUACUAGUUUUUUCUAAAGCAAGGAGUAGAAAUCUUUGAUGAUAUAGAUACUACUGCUACUCCAUUUCCACGCAACAAAGACGCUUGCCGGUGUUUCUAGUUCUACCUCCCUCCAAACACAUAUAGGAUUUCUUUCUAUUUAGGUUUGUCUGUAAGUUUCUGCUCCUGUAACGAUAGCAGGAGUAGGAUUCUCAAUAAUUCACGUUUCUAUUUGUGUCCCACUGCCACUACUACAGUUCUGGCAAUAGUUAUAGCAUAUGAUAUGUUAAAGUUAAAUGUUAAAGUUAAAUCUUAAGUAAAAGGAUAAGGAUCCUGUGGGAGUAUAGUGAUAGCUAUAGACUAUAUCCAAGCUGCACUACCACGCUUACGCUUACAAUUGCAGUUAGACAACCACAAUCGCUACCACCUCCACAUGCACAUACUCAAACUUUACCAUAUACUCGAACUCGCACGGACGUCCGAAGGGCGAGCCCUGGAAACGGACAGCCAGACUCGAUUUUGAGAUCCUAACUUGUUGGACAGUGGUUUAGCGGAUUUUUGCAUUUGCGUUUGCACAUGCGUUUCCGUGCGGGUUUUUGGCGAGAUCAAGUUCACACUCACACGACUUCGCCGACUUACGUUCUGGAGGUCCCGCUGGAUUUCAUUUUCAAUUUCAAGUUCAACUUCAAUAGUGGCCCACUCCUGCCAGUUUUGACAUCAUCAACAUCAACAGCAGCAGAGUCGUCUUUUGUUCGAUCAGAUUCAGACGAUCCGCUCUUGCAGAAUGGACAUUGAUGAUCUCAGUCGCAUGUUCCGGCCGUGGCCGACUACGCUAGUAGACGUACAGAAACUUGUUAGCAAAAUAAAGGAGGAGUUUGAAGGCUAUGCGCUACCGCCAAACGAACGAAGAGGAAGGAACAAUGCUCCGUACCAGCUCUCUCUCAGCAUCAAGUCGGUGCAGAAAAGCUACAAGGACUUUUCUUCUGGUCUGAAUGCAGUGUGCGGCCGUAUCGCCGGGAAUGGUGACGGCAAGCGUUCAGUCGCUGCUUUUGCUCUUCAUCUUGUUACCCAGCGAUACCAGUUGGCAGAUGGUGAUGGCACGCGCCGCGAAUUUUUGGAGCGAAUCGCUCAUCACGAGCAAGCAGAGCUGCAGGAGCGAACGAAGAACAUUUCGCUUCGAAGGAUAGACAUCUACGGCAGGAUGGCCCUUGAAGGACUACAGGAGGAGGAAGUCAUCCGAAGAACAAGAACAGAGUACAAAAAGCGGCAAAGAAGACAGGAGCACAUCAAACAAUUAGAAGGCCACAACUUCGCACACGAAAAACCGGCUUCACCUUCUAAAGCAAAGGUGAAGAGGAGGAGGAUGAAAAUGAAGACCACACUACGAGGAGCAGACGCGGCUGAAGAUCCGGAUCUAAAUCCCGUCGCAGAUGUAGAUGCAGAUCUUGACUUUGUUUUUGAGCACGCGAAGGACGCAGCAAAAGGGAAGUCAGCUCCGGGCACGGUAUCAGAAAGCAGGGCUUUAUUGGGAAAUCCCGGCGCAGAAGAACAAGAUUCUGGUGUUAACGGAAGCAAAAGCAGCAGGAGUCUCAAGAGGGCUGCAGGUGGCGCUACCUCUGGGGGCGGCAGCGCGCUUGUCGAUGGUAAUCACUCGGAUAAGCCGACCGCUAACAGAACGAUCUAUACAGAUUUCUGCGAGUGGUCCAACAUAGCACCUCGCGUUUUUGCCAAGUGGGCAAUAGGUGCAUCCAGGGGUCCGGCGGCCUCGAGAGUAGAGCUGUGGAACUUUUCUCGUGGUCAUUAUGAGAACUUUUACGAGCACAAACGAUUGAAGUUGGACGAAGGAGUCGCAGCCGCGAACCGUGGACUUCUCGUGUCGGAGAUGACAGAGGAGGAGAUGGCGUUUGAGCAGUUUCUACAAUACACUGACCCGUCUUAUUCGGAGAUGGAGAACUGUGAGCUCUUCGCAAAUAAUGAGCUGGCCGAGCUGCUGGCGUUUGCAAAUGUUACUUUCGUUGACGGAGGCGCGACCGCAGCGGCAGGCAGUACUGAAGCCCUGCAUGCGGCACAGGAGGAAGCAGCGAAGGUCGCAAAACGAAGCGAAUAUCUGUUGGCCGCUCGUCGUAGAAUGUAUGCUCUUAGGGCAGAGAAAACCAUGGCUGACCUUCUGAUACUCGCUGCACAACUCAGAGCACGCAUGAUGAUUUUCGAUUGUGCGAAGUCAGGAAGAGGAGCAAUGUUGCCGUACAUCUGCUGGGAUGAUCUGAUGCGAAGCUGCGCUCCGAACGUUCCAGAUUCUAGUGCUAGUAUUUCCGCGUCAUCGUCUAUUAAUAGUCGUUCUCAUCCAUCUACUUCUACUAGUACUACUACUACUACUAAUUCUACAAGUGCAGCCACAUCUUCGUCAGCGUCUGCUCCUGUCUGUGCGACAAGUACGUCUGCGGUUGGUCCUGUUGGAGCUGGUGCUUCUGCUGGUUCUGAACCUGGUCCCACCGGCACCACAAAUAGUUCGUCUUCUUCUACUUCUGGCGCACCCGCACGCGUAUUCUCAGGGUCGAUUGCGAUUGCUAGCACGAAGCAACAAGUUCUAUCGAAGAGCAAGGGAGCCGCCAGCAGCAACACCGGAUCGAGGUCCACCACGACGCGUGGAGGUACGAAGAAAAACAGUGCUUCAGUGCCAGCUGCAGACGCAAACUCCGCAGCGGUCGGUCGUGAUCUUUUUGCAACAGAAAACGCUCAGACGAAAGUAAAGUCUAAAAAUGCAGACCGCUUCAUCUUCAAGAGCAAAAAUGACAAAGGAGGAUCGUCAGGAGUAGGAAUUUCAAAACAGUACGAUGGAGUUGCAAACGCACCCGCAGCGUCUGGCGCUACGUCCAAGAUGAACCCUGUGAAACGCAUUGGGUAUUUCCCUCCUGCCAGAUCUACCGACGAUACGGAUACGAGGAAGAAUAGAUCUACUGCUCUGGAAAACGAAAAGCCGCCACGGCAUGCGCGCCAACAAGUGCAAUCGCAGCGUCAGGACUCCGCGCCCCUUUCAGAUGGCGAAGAUUUCUUCAAGGAAUGGCAAGAACGUGAGAAACAGCGUGAGCGAGCUGCAGCGGGCGGAUUCGGGAGUCUCUUUUCAGGUUUGCAGAAUGUCUUUGGAGCUAGUGGCGCUAGUCGUUCUGUUGGGACUGGAAGUGGAAGUGCGUCGUCUUCAUCGGCGGCAGCAGCGCAUCUGAAGAAAGCCGACGCUAUGGGUGAAGACAUCUUCUGCUCCUCGUCCUCCAAAGCUUCGCUGAAGCGUCCGCGUGCUUCUGCCAAAGCAAGCAGAAGCCUCCUCACUCCCGUGCGAGAAAAAAGCAGAAGCACAGUAUUUACUCCUGAACCUGACGCGCCGAAAGAAGCGGGUCUGAGAAUUGCUAGCGGAGAUGAUUCUGAAUGUGUUUCAGGUGCGGACCCAGGGAGCAGUUCUUUUUGCAGCAGUUCGGACGGAGGCGACGACAUUUUGGCGCCAGAGACUCCUUCGAGAAGAAAACAGUACAGACGAGAGCAACACGCGAUGAAGAAAGCAAUGAAAUCAAAAAAGAAGACUUUGAAGAAGAAAGGUGUGAAGUCUUCAGGCCAGGACAAGGCUCCUCCAUCAGCAUCCGUUAAGAACAACGACUAUGACCAUAAUGCUGCAGCAGAGGAGGCUUAUUUUGAAUUAAUUGGCAAGGCGAAGGCAAAGCCGAAGUCGAAAAGCACGGCAGGCACGAACAAGAAGUCAACGCUUCAUGAAGAUGCUCUUCGCAUGAAUUCCUUGGACGACCUCAUCGAUAUAUUCGGGGACGAGGUGAUAGCUUCAUCUCCAAGCAAGUUGGAUACAGGAUCCGGAUCGGCAGCAGGUGGCGCUCGGACUGCUGACUGCACUCGGCAAGAUGAUAAGUCGGGAGCUACUGCAGCUGCAGGUGCAGUGGCAGGCAACGGCGCAACGGGUGCUGAUUUUGAAUUUGAUGAGUUUGGACAUCAUCUGGGUGUUGAUAUUGAUCCGCUUCUGCAGGCGCUUGUCGGAAAAGUAGAGAAGUCUGGCUCUGCUUAUGGCAAUAAUUCCCGGGCAGCUUUGACGAGUGGAAAUUUCUUGAAUGAUGAACUGGACGGCGUAUUGCCUUAUCAUCACGAGUCAAUCGAGAAACAAUCCCAACACGCUGCUGCUUUAGCAACUGAGCUUGCAGGUUCCAUGGGCAUUCAAUUACCGAAGGACGCAUGCAAACCAUUUAAAGAAGGCAAAGAUCCUCGUGGGCUGUAUCGUGGUCGCCACGCGACGACAACGCAUAAAGAUGAAGAUGUCAACAAGCGGCACCUGAGUACUGCAGGUUCGUGUUUGGAGUACGCGCGCCAGAUUUCCACGCCGAUAAAUGCGCCGUCCGACUUCUGGCUGACUCCAGCAGAAGUCGCUGCGAUUCCUUUCCUUGGUGAAAGCGAUCUGGAAGAUGGAGUAGCAGGCGGCGUUUCACAUGGACAGAGCGGCGCAGGCGUGCCUGCGUGUGACGAUGCUGAUGCCCCAACCGGAACACGAUCUAGAAGUGCAGACCCAUCUCUGUUGCGCCGUGAACGUGAUGUCGUCGAAAAAGGAAACAAGUAUAAGGAGAAGGAUAGUAGCAAACUAUUCGGCGUUAGUGCUAGUCCCGAAAAUUCUGCAGCCGACAGAUCAGUGUCAGGUCGUGGCGUGAGGACGGCCACUGCUUCACUACGUGCGCCUUUGGCUCCAGAUGUUUCUGUCUCUGGUGGAGUUUCAGCAAAGGCCAACAACAAUGCCCAGUCACCAUGGUUGCUGCCUGCAGGCGGAGAAUCGCAGUUGCAAUGUACUCUCGAAGCACAUCCGGCCUCCAACUCAAAUAGCAGCCGCUGUGCAGACCCGAGACCAAAAUCUGCACUGCAAACUGCCGCCUCUAUGUUGGGUGUUCGAUCACUUGCAGACGACCUUGAAAUAGCGACGAAGAAGCAGGUGGGAGAACCAGUGCUGGUGGAAGGGAUAAAGCGUGCGGGUGAAGUUACGUUAGUUGUGGCUCCAUCAGACGUUGUGAGCAGAAGCGGGCGCGGGUCUGCUGUUGCAGUCGCCGGAGGUUCAACAUCAAGCGUUGCCGUGGUUGGUUCUAAGAAGAGCAUAGGAGGGAGAACAAUUGGCGCAAAAGUGACUUAUUGGAAUGGAGGCUUGAAAAAUCCGCAGCGCAGAGUCUCUUCGUUGUCCGGCCUCCCGGUCUCGCGAGAUAACGACGUCGAGCGCAGUCUCGUUUCUGCUCCUGGAAAUGGUCGCGUAACUGGGGCUGCAGGCGCAGAUGCUACAGCGGGAGCGGAUCAUGACGUUCGAUUGGGUGUGCCACUGCCGACUGGUUUUCUAAACGAAGCUAAAGGCAAAACUAGUGGUUGUCCACGUCCCGGCCUGUCUUCUCCUGACCAGGCUUCUAUUUGCAACCCCAAAGCGAAAUCGAGUUCGAGUUCGAGCUGCAGAAACAAAGCUGAUAACAAACAGAGGCAGAAAAACGCAAAGGGUGUCCCAGUGAUGAGCAAGAAGAAGAAUCUGAAAGCGAAAUCCGACCACAGAAUCACAGACGCAGACCCAGAAGUAGCCUCAGCACCUGCAGGCGCCGAUAACAGCGGGCAAUCGCUGGAGAAGACCAUCUGCGAAGCAUCGAAAGAAGGUGGCCCAUGCGUAUCCGGUCAAAGACGUGGAGGUGGAAUUGCCAUGAAGUCCAGAUCUAGAUCAUGUGAACCGUUUGCGGGGACAAUCAACAACAACUCUCGGGGAGUAGACGCCCAGAGGAGCACGGCGCCGUCGCGAGUCGCUGGCCAGCACGAUGUCUUUUUGUCUGGCGCUGAUGUUGGUGCUUCUGCUGCUGCUAGUUCUAGACCUACUUGCAGCGACGUUUCUGCAAGUGCAGCAGCAGCAGCAACUGCAAGUGCGACUGCGCGCGCGGCUGCAACUGGAGGCGGGGCUAGUGCUACUGGUACGGGAGGUAGAUCGGAGGAAAACAGGCGCCGACUGCCUAUUCUAGCAAUGAGAAUCGCAACAGACGCUACGCCUUACGAGAAUCUCAAGGUGUUGAACACGUGUUUCACAGUUGUGUGCGCUAAGAUAUUGCCGGAUGGCACCAGGACCCUGAUCCACGAGCGCUUCAUCCCUCGGACUCGAUUAACGGCGGGCAACGGAAUGAGUCUCGUUCAAGAUCUCUACGAAAGUGCCCGGGAGCUUCGCUUGCCUAUGCCUGGAGUGAGUCAUCGGGAGCUGUGCACGCCGAACUUUCGCCUUUUUAGUUGUCUCUGUUCAGACAAUGGCUGUGAGGAUUGGAUAGCAUCUGAUAGUUUUAAGAUCUACGAGCAGCUGCAACACAUGCGCGAAGACUUGGACAAGAGAGACGACAUCGACCAGAAUAUCUUCCACACACCUUUCUAUUGUGAGUGGACGGCAUGCCUCAUGCAUCAGACUCAUACGAUAUCCGGCCUGAUCCUAACAGUGAUAGCAUUGUUUUACGUCAUCGCUCUUUCAAAGAUGCGAAGUAGCAUCGCCGCCUCGUUCUUGGUAGUUGUGCAAUCUUGGAGACGAUGCUGCGACUACUACUUUCUGAAGGACAAGGAGUUGCAGAUACAACGGGUCCCGAAGUUUGUUCGUACGCGUUGGGGAAGUAGUUACGAGACCCUGAACAAAAUCUACCGGCAGAAGACUGAUCUUGUCGCUGCAGCUAUGAAGUUUUCCAAGAAUAAGGACUUCAAUCCGAACAACCGCGGCAAAAAGAACUUCCAUAAGAUUCUCCCUACUGCGAAAAGGAGCAAACUUCAUCCGUUCUUCAACCUUCUUCAACCAGCUGCGCACUUGCUACGAAUUACGCAAUUCAUUUUGGACAAGUACCAGAAGGCGGCAGUGCAGGCACGCAUCCAAUUCCAGAGGUACGUCAACGACCUGCUGUGCUUUUCCCAACAGUGGUGGGUAGACCAUACUUCUUCAUUUUUUGCGAUGGCGACCCCGGAGCAGCGUGUAGUUCUCAUGACAGCUCUUUCUGCAGCCGAGAGGGAGAUGUACCUUCGCGAGGCGUCUUUGCGGCGGCCACUGGUUGAGAUUCUACAAGGUCUGCUUCAAGAUGAAGAUGCUUCCAAACGUGCUUCUGCUGCGAAGAGACUGAUGGUCGCGAAUGAUGCAGAGCUACGACGCACUUCAGCUUUCUUGGUUGAUGUUCGGACUGAAUUCCGGCGCGAGUUAGGUCUUUUGGCAGCAGGUACCGCCACGACACUAACUGACGCUCUGUGGUGUGAACUUGCAGCUCCUUUUUACGUGUUGGUUCCGCAGAAUCAGCUGGCAGAAUCGCUCCACUCUACAACAUCCCACAUCAAAAGAGGAGCACCCAACGUUUCUGUCGCAACUGCUGCGAAUCGAUUGCUCAUACGGAGAUACCCGACGCUUUCACCCACAGCGUUUUCAAUUUUGUAUUCUAUCAAAGAUAAACGCUUCAGCAGCAAGAUACGCCUUCCCGACAUGACGCGUGCGCCAGGCAAUUUGCUGGAAGCCGCUCUGGGUGACCUCGAGUACAUGCGAGUUCACAACUCGCACCGACUUGAGCCUGAGGCUGCGCGGCGCGCAAAACUUCGAGUAGAUCGGGGCAUCAUGAAGGGAGACCAGUCUCGUGCGCUCCUGAAGAAACUGAACAUUUGUGCUGGCGACAUCCUUCGAGUGAAGUGCGACUUCGAUGGACGCGUCGAGUGGCCGGAUCAGUUUUGGUUCUUCAAUGGGAAGGUAUUGCAGGUUUGCAAGGAGGAGGACAUCUUCUUCGAUCAGGAAACCAACGACUUAGUGACAGAAUUUUCCUCACCACGUGACGCAUCUGCCGCAGCAAACUAUGACGAUGUGCAGGGAGUCUUGCAGACCAAGCAGCUUCUGGCGAAAUGCAAGGACGAAAAAGUAGACCGUGAACAUGUAGUGCUUCACUACGAGCGCUUUGAGGCAGUUGAUGCGCGUUGGACGGGAACAGAGUGGAAGGUUCGUGUGAGCCACCCGACAGAUUUCAGUGUAACGCUGCGUGACUUGUUUCCACCUCGAGCCAGCAGCAAGAAGAAGAAGGACGCAGGGGCAGAGGUGAAGGCAGCAGACGGUCGGAAGCGUUCACCUGCCAAAUCUCCGCAGAAAGCUGGCACAAGAGCAGAAAAGGUUUACAAUGAUAUUCCGCAGGAGCUGAUGGUGCCGGAAAUCGACAAACACUCUGCUGUAAUCUACCUCACGAUUCCGCGGGGUGCGAAUGAUAAGAAGGGCAAGCCGAUGAAGCCGGAGUGGCUGGCAGUAGUGCCACUUACAAUGAUCAGCGAAGACAUCGGAGAUGCUGAGAGGGCUAGAUGGAGGCUCAAGCCUGACGCAACGUGCAAGAGCAUCGGGCGAAUCGUUGCUUCGUGCACAGCAGGAGGCAUUGAGAAGACUCGUCGCGAGAUCUGCAACGAAGUAUCUCGCCUGACGGGGCAGGAGAUGAACGUGUGUGGCUCAGAUGUUUUGGCGAAGGCAACUGAGUACGCUUUUGAACGUCUAGGGAAGCUAAGACAGGCACGCAAGGGGCGCAAGGGGAAAUGUGACGAAGGUGAUUCAGAGUCUGACCUGUCAGAGACGGAGGACACACAAACUCCUGAUGAUCCUGACGGAUUCUUUGACGAGGGAGACCCGAGCUCAUCCGAUGAGGAUGAAGGGUCCAAUAGCAGCGACUGCGACUCGGAUUGAGGGUAUAUCUUGGCUAAACUAAGAGGACGUGGUAGUGAAUCCUUUUAGUUGUGUUAGUUCUUUGACCUUGAGCUAGACCUAGAGGUAGAGCUUGUCCUCGCCCUCGGCUCAUUCGCCCAUGUUCACACGUCGACGCUUCUAGUCCUAUCCACAGCUCUUAACUCUAUUGCUACUGCGAUGAUGGUGGACCUUAGUGUUAGUUCUAUCUGGUCAUCCCGUCACGAACACGAUUUCUAAAACUAAAAGUGUCUGAAUUAUCCACUACAAUUAGCACGAAGCAUUCGGGAGGCGCGCCUUGAAAUAUCUUCGAAUCUUUCCAUCUAUACAGGUAUAGGCUGCUGCCGAAGCUGUUCGCUGGAAAGCAGAGCUGGAGACUUUCUCGAUUUUUGCAGGCUUGUCACAUAUGCGGAGAUAGCGCAAUUUGUGGAGGCAUGCGCUGCGGAUGGAGCUGGAGGAAUCACAUUCCAUCCUCAUUAUGGACGUGGGGUGUUACAUUUGCAGUUGUCUCUGGGUUUUGCUUAUCUAAAUCUAAAUCUAGAAGUUGUGCUCUCAUCUACUCGCCAAAUCACAGCCAAGUCUUUGCAAUUAAAUGAAACGUGGUGUAUGUACUUCCGAAUAUUUAUAAACUCAAAGUAGUAGUAGAAGUUGUAGAAGCAGACUUUAGAUUUCGUAUGUAUAGUUUUCCAUAGUGUGCAUCUAGUUGGAAAUGUAAUUGUAUAGGUAAAAUUACACGAACUAUCAGGCAGUCUGCGCCUGUUUUUGAUUUGUUUCGCAUGCAAUUACAAAUGAAUCCUACUGCUACUCCGAGAGCUAGAAUCACUAUAGAAUGCACUAUGAUCAUCUUAUCCAUACCCUUCAACACUCUACAAAGUAUGCGCUUCUGUACUCUUGUGAUCAUCGUCGUGAACUAGUAGGACUCAAUGGCUUUACUUCGCAGUCGCAACUUAGAUUCUUGGUCUUGUAUCUAUCGACGUUUUUGCAGAACUAAUUAUGGUUUCGUGAUUCUUGAUGUUGUUGAGCUUGAGCUUGUAGAAAAAGUGAAUCCUUUCUGAUGAAGGAGCUAGCUAGUAGGUAGAAUGAUAGCAGAUUUCUCUAUUGCACAGAGAUGCGUAUAGUACUUGACUACUUAGAUUGAGGUGCAACAAGAUGCUGCUCAUAACGAUAGAGCUAGCGACUUGCAUCCUAGUUGAAAACCUAUGACAUUACCCUAGAUAUUGCAGAGCUGGGCCAGACAUGCUUUCAAGAUUUCACUUCUAUACCUGACGCCUUUGCACAGAUGAGACAAGAAGUAAGACGAAAACCAUUCGACUCAGCAGAUGACCCAGUGCCAUUGUGUGACCUGUGAAUGUGCCGUGCAUCUGCUUAGAUGAUAGAUGUUUCUCCUUUUUUUGGAGUCUUCUUGUAGUCAUGAGAGCAGCUGAGGAGUUUUUUGCUUUAUGAGGCAUGAAUGCUGAAAACCAUUGGAGGCUAGGACGUAC